UCCAAAUUCCCCAUUAAUUUGUAGCAGCCAUGAGUUCAGUGGGUGUAUUUCGUAAGGAGGAAAUUGAUGGGAAAUUAUUUUUGGUAUUCACAUUAACACAAAUAGACAACCCAACCUCUUCUGGUGAUGAUGCACUAGCCAUGGCUUCUGGUGGCGACGAUCUCCCUCAUCAACCACUUUUUUUCUGUCCUGCUGCACGUAUCAAAUUUCAUAAGCUCAAACUAAAGAUACACGAUGACGAUGCUGAUGAUGUCGGUGAAGAUGACGAUAAUGGAGAUGAAAAAGAAGAUGGCGAUAAUGACAACGAAGAUGGUGAUCAUAGCCAAGAUGAUGAUGAUGAUGAUGAUGAUGAUGAUGAUGAUGAUGAUGAUGAUGAUGAUGAUGAUGAUGAUGAUGAUGAUGAUAAUGAUGAUGAUGAUGAUGAUGAUGAUGAUGGUGAUGGCGAUGUUGAUGAUGAUGAUGAUGAUGAUGGCAAUGAUGAUGAUGAUGAUGGCAAUGGUGAGCUUCAUCCAUUCAAUUCCUCUCCUCACUUCCCCAACACAAGAAGCAGUGAUCAACAAGGCGAAUCUUUGCUUGAUUCCGACCACCCAGGUGUCUGUAAGCUUCCUGUAGUCCCUCUUUUUUGGUGCAACAAUAAAGAAACUUCUACUGUCCAAUUCGAGUGCGGUGCAUGCAAAAUGACAACGCUCGGUAACAGCUAUUAUGCAUGUCUCCAAUGCCAAAGAAACUUCCAUAAAGAAUGUGUCGAGUCUCCACUUGAGAUCAAACACCCUUCCUACCCCUUGUGUUCUCUUCGACUUUCCAAUUUUCAAUGCAUGUUUACGAGUGGUUGUUGCAGAAAAAUUACCUUCGGCAUGUUUUAUCGUUGUACAACCUGCGAGUUGAGUAUGCAUCCCGUAUGUGCGAUGAGGCCAGUACCCUUGGUUAUAGACCAUCCAAAAAGCCAUCCACACCCUCUCUCCUUGUUCCCUACACAAGCUUCUACAGUUUGCAAUAUUUGUGCCCGGAUUAAGAAGCUUGAUCCCACAUAUAUCUGUAUCCAAUGUGUCUUCGUAAUCCAUAAAGGUUGUAUGGGUUUCCCACAUGUCAUAAGAAUAUCUCGUCACCCUCACCGUAUCUCUUUUACCUCUUCUCUUCCAUCUAGGAUGUUGUCUUGCCGAGUCUGUCAUCAACAAGUUGACAACAAUUAUGGUGCUUACUCUUGCAAUAAGUGUGAUGCUUAUUUUGUUCACUCAACAUGUGCAUUACACAGAAAUGUGUGGGAUGGAAAAGAACUUGAAGGAGUAUCAGAAGAAGAUGAUAAUAUAGAUGAUGGUGAGCCGUUCGAGAGGAUAGCUGAUGGAAUUAUACACCAUCCUUUUCAUAGUCACCACUUGCGAAUUGAGAACAGCACAACUUAUGACGAAAUUAAAUAUUGUCAAGGGUGUGCCCUUCCAAUCUACGAAGGUCAGUUCUAUUCAUGCAUGGAAUGCGACUUCAUCCUCCAUGAAGGUUGCGCAAGUGCUCCACGUAUGAAACGAUAUCCCUUAUAUCCACAUCCACUUACACUUAAAUUUGCCACCAUGAGAGAUCAUAGUUACACAGGUGAAUUUCGUUGUUUUGAGUGUGAUCGUUAUGGUAACGGCUUCUUCUAUGAGCAUCGCGGAGAAGACAGACCCUUUCGGAUAGACUUAAGGUGUGCCUCCAUAAUUGAACCAUUUAACUAUCAAGGCCACGAGCAUCCCUUAUUCCUACCUUGGAACACAGAGAAAAAGACACGAUGUGAAAUGUGCAAAUAUGAAAGCAACGGUUCAAAGUUAAUUUGCAUAGAAUGUGAUUAUUAUAUAUGUUUCCGUUGUGUUACCUUCCCAUACAAGGUAAGGUAUAAGCAUGAUAGUCAUUUUCUCACAAGUUGCAAUGGAAAAGAGGCAAGUGAUCAAGCAGACUGGUGUGAUGUUUGCGAAGGCAAAAUAGGAGAAGUAAAAAAAAGGAGGUAUCUUGGGUUUAGAAAGAAAACAGAAUUACGAUUUUAUAAAUGCGAUGGCUGUAGCACAGCUGUUCAUGUUGAUUUUUUACUUGGGGUAGACAUGUACAUGAGACCUGAUAAAACUAUGAAAGACUACAUCUCUAUUGUCAGGCUCACAUCUAAGGGUACGAAACGGAAAGAUCUUUGGAUUCUUGUCAACAACUCUCUCACCCGGCCAAUUUGCAGUAGAUGCUUUUGCCGUUGUCCAUUCCCAAUAUAUUUCAAAGGGCAGACCACAAUAUUUUGUUCUUUGUAUUGUAGUGAAGACUGAUCAUCAAACUAGUUAGGGAAAACGAUCUUUAUUCCUUUUCCCCCGUCAAUUUGGAGUAUUUUUGU